UUUGUGCUACCUAAACGAUAGUUAUCGAUUGAUACCAAACGGAACAGCUGCUGGGAUCAUGAUACCUUCCCCCCGCGAUAACAAUAGCCACGCCGUCGCUGAAAUGGGCAGCCUAGGAAUCAAUACAAUACUUUUUCGUCAUUGAGGGAGGGUUGCUAUUGUAAACAAUGGACUUUAAAACUGAUGAAAGGAAGUGGAAUUCAGCAAAUACCCAAAUGUUGCUAUCCCUUUACAAUGAACGACAAGCUGAAUUCCGAGAUCCAAAGAGAAAGAUCAAGGAAGUCUGGGGCGAUAUGGUCGAGGCUCUACAAAGUGAGGGAAUGCUGGAUAUUGAUGCCGUUCAGCUGGAUCGGAAAUUCAGGAACCUGAAGAAAACCUACUACUGUAUAAGGAACAAGCACUUGGCCAAGGGUCCGCAGUUCCAUCCGAACUGGCAGUUCUACGACCAGAUGUCGGCGAUUCUGAAAGAUGACCCCAUCCCGUCGCAGCCUCUUAGCAUGGAUAAUUUCUCGGCGAUGAGAACAUUCCUGUGCGACGGCGACGAUGAUACGGCGGACAAUAUGGUAAUCAGCGAUACGCAGGAUGGCAGGGUGGUAUCCUUGGGCACUGUUCAAAAAGUCAUUCCCGGCCAGGUUCGUCAAUACCGCAAACGAAAGUCGGCGGAUGCCGGCCGACUGGGGAUGCAGAAAAUCCGAAAUUUGCAAGCGGCGGAACCACCAAGAGAAUUGGAUCACAUCACGGUCUUUAAUGCCGCAGAGCCCGAAAUGAACGAUUCGGGGGCCAAGGAUGAUGAGCUGUCCAUCGGCAGCAUGGAGGAGGCCUUAAGGCACCUGAGAGCCCUUCAGGAAUACGCCAUGAUCCAGGACAAUUUUCGUGCCAUCGGAUUGCUCAUGCAGGCGGAAAAUGCCAUUAAAUAUCCGCCCAAGAGCAACGAUUUCGAAGAGGAUCAAACGUAGUUUUUCCAUAGAUAACCAUAAAAACUAGCUAGUACAGGAAAAAUAUAUUUAAUUAAUUUUAUUUCAGUAAUGUGUUUGUAUUGAGGUUUUAAAACGAAUUUAUAUCGGUAAAGAAUGGCCAUAGUAAAAUGGUUUAAUAUGAGUA